GCAAAUGCAAUCAUGUCCACACCUUCAGUGAACCAUCAACUACUACUCUUUUAACUCGACGUGUAUAUCCCUCACUACUCUCGGUCUCAAUUAAGUCCUAGUGUCGUACCACCCAAACAAUGUCGUCUUCUGUGGUCGCCGGUUCCUCCUCUUCCUGUGCCACCACCCUCAACACUCGCCGCCGCCACCACCACCACCACUCCAUCAAAACUCCCCCCAACUCAUUCUUCUCUCCUUCCCACAAUUCCCAGAAAAGUGCGUUCCAGGGAUUGUCUCUUCAAGAGGCCAAAAGGGAUGUUGCCGAUUCGUUUGUAGGUGAGAGUAAGGCGGGUUUGAGCAGUCAAGUGAGAAGAGGGCUUAAUGUCACGGCCAGAACUGCCGGGGCUUCGAAGACCAUUGAGGCUGAUGUUGACAAGCCAUUAGGUCUCACUUUGGGCCAAAAAUCUGGUGGUGGUGUUGUCAUCACUGCUGUAGAAGGAGGUGGGAAUGCAGCAAAGGCAGGGCUAAAAGCAGGGGACCAGGUGCUCUACACAAGCAGCUUCUUUGGGGAUGAAUUGUGGCCAGCAGACAAGCUUGGUUUUACCAAAACUGCCAUCCAAGCAAAGCCUGACUCUGUCUACUUUGUUGUUAGCAGAGGUGCUGAAGUAGAUGUAAAACGAUUACCAAAGCGCCCGGCGCCUCCCCGUUUCGGAAGAAAACUAACCGACGCUCAGAAGGCUAGAGCAACUCACAUUUGCCUUGACUGUGGAUACAUAUACACAUUACAAAAACCUUUUGACGAGCAGCCGGAUGGAUAUGUAUGCCCUCAAUGUAGAGCACCAAAAAAGAGGUUCGCAGGCUAUGACGUCAACACAGGGAAGGCUGUUGGCGGUAACUUGCCUCCCAUUGGGGUCAUUAUUGGCCUGCUUGCUGGUGUUGGUGCAGUUGGAGCAUUGCUUGUAUAUGGUCUCCAAUGACCCUUUUAUUCUUCCGUUCCAAAGAUUAAAAAAAAAAAAAAAAAAAUUAACUUGGUAAUAUCUGUAAGAGCAAGGAUCAGCAAAUUAAUACAAACCUUUAAUUCAAACUUUGUAUAUUGAGUUAUCUAUGAGACAUUAAUUAUGAAGUCUCAACUUUUUCA